CCGAAUUUUUGAUACGUCUCUUUUCUUUUUCAUCGCGACCUACGUAAGCAUCUGGUGAUUCGAUGCGUGUGACUCAUAGGUCAGCAGCGACCCUACAACUGCAGCUCAGAUUAGCCGGCAGAUCCUGCAACUCAGCCGCUGACCCCGCUUUCCGAGUGGGAUCACAAUCCAGCGCAAUCAUCGCUCGUCCGUUAGAUUGUCUAACGACGACUACUUCUCAACAGGCAUUCAACAUCAUUAUUGGGCGAAAUGCCAUUCGGAUUCGGCGUCGGAGAUUUCGCCGCGGUUGGCAAGUUGGCUUGGUAUCUAUACCACGACUGCUUCCUCGUCGCGAAGGGGGCUCCACAGGAGUUCCGGCUGCUGGUUGACGAACUAAAGACGCUACACGCCACAAUUAAGCUUUUUGAAGACGAGUUCGGGGACCCAAAUUCGGUCCUAGUGCGAGCUGGAGAGGAUCGAUUGCGAAUGGUGGAGGAUUUGCUGGCGCAGGUGAUGCAUGUCCUCAACGGUCUGCGGGAAGCUUAUGACAAGCAUCGCAAUUUAGGCAACGUCUCCCGAACGUCCUUCAAGCGGGGAUGGGAUCAGUUCAAAUGGGCAGUUGGAGUGAAGGACGUCGAGGGUUUGCGGAGUAAGCUUACCUACCUCAACGGCCUCUUGGCUUUACUUCUCACCUGUGCGGGAAAUUCAUCACUCCAACGUCUGGAGACCACCACUCAGUCGAUCGACGCUGGAGUUCACGGGAUAAAGACAUUCCUCAAACGCGUCGGAACGGGAGACCUCCCGAUAGUUUCGGCUUUUGGCGCUACAAAUAGUCCGGCAAAGAUCGAUUUCAGUCAACGGUGUAUGCAGGCGGCGAAAGUGUCUCAGCGCUGGACGCUGAUAGGUAUCGAAGAGUGGACAAAAGCAGGCCGCUGGUGGCUCCUAAAGGCCCAUAUGGAGCUACGUGCUGCCGCGAGAGCCACGGUGCCCAAUGACGCAUAUGCCAACCUGUUGAAGGCUUCCUGGAUUCUAACGGACGUCAUCGUUGUUCAUCCUCACAUGAUCUACAUCGAGGCCAGUGUGCAAUGCGAUGUUUUACGUCUGACCGAGGCAAUCAAGGAGGAAUUCCAAUACAUUGAGGACAAGAAUCUUCGGAUUCCUAGCCUUGAAGAUGUCGACGACCCGGAGAUUUGGGAGUCGCAAUUGACGAGCCCCGCGAUGAGACCAGGCUCCAUAGCGGGAGAGCGAACAUGGGUAAUGAAGGAUGAAGAUAUCAUAUUUCAAAGAUUUGCUCGAUACCAGGCUAGCUACCAGCAAAUUCCAAUUCCGUCACUAGUACUACUCCUAGUGGACAAGAAGUCAAGAAAGCCACGUUUAGUCGUUCAUGAUCAGAGCUGGAGAUGUUUGGCAGAGCUUGCAGCUGAACUCUUCCCUACUCUGAAACCUCGGCACGACAACAUCGUCAGCAUAGCAGGUGUGCAGAUCAUAUUAUCCACUACUUUUGACGCACAGCUUCUCGGCGCUUUCUUGCUCGGGUAUGGGCUACACAUAAUUCGCUGUACCCCAGACUUCCAGCACUCAAUGCAGGUCAACCACGAUGCGAUCUUUUUGCUAGCCGCAAUGAUGAUAUCAACUGUGGAUAUUGUCGAGUACUUUCUUGGUAUCCUUG